AUGGUGCCAGCGCACUUCCCGGGACCCUGUGCCAUGCUGGCACUGACCCUCCUCUUGGGAUGCGGCGUGGCUUCCUGCCUCGGCCAGAACGACACGGAGCCCAUCGUGCUGGAAGGGAAGUGUCUGGUGGUGUGCGACUCGAACCCUUCUUCGGAAGGAGGGGUUACCUCCUCGCUCGGCAUAUCGGUCCGAUCCGCUGGGGCAAAGGUGGCUUUCUCCGCCGUGCGUGGGACCAACCACGAGCCGUCAGAGAUGAGCAACACGUCAAUGACCAUCUAUUUUGACCAGGUUUUAGUGAACAUCGGCAACCAUUUCGAUCUCAAAGCGAGUGUGUUCUCGGCUCCGAGGAGAGGGAUUUACAGUUUCAGCUUUCACGUGGUGAAGGUGUACAACAGACAAACCAUACAGGUGAACCUAAUGCAGAACGAUUAUCCGGUUAUAUCAGCCUUCGCCGGGGACCAGGACGUAACGAGAGAGGCGGCGAGUAACGGAGUACUGCUGAUGGUCGAGCGGGAGGACCGGGUCUAUCUGAAGCUGGAACGGGGCACCCUCAUGGGCGGAUGGAAAUACUCCACCUUCUCAGGCUUUUUAGUCUUUCCUCUAUAA